AUGUCCCUUAGCAUACAUCUGCUGCUCCUCUCGAUCUUGUUGCGCGCACGAUGCGUGUCUGCAGACGAUGGAGAUGACUUCGCCAACAAUCUUUUCUCAGAUCUGGCACCAUUGCUGGCCCUCUUCGGAGAACGAGUCACUAUGCAAUUCAUGAGUGGGGCUAUGGGCUGGGCUGAUAAUAUCAUUCUUGCCAUGGCCCCUCUAGGUAUAAUUACGGCUAUUGUAGCAGCUAUUCGCGUCGGUGGCCCCUCUUGGCUGAAGGCGGUGAUAGGGAGAGCUCGGGGGAAUCUCGCGGUUGCUGAGGCUGAAUUAAUGUCAUCAACAUCGCAGGAGGUCUGCGAACUUUGGAAUGGUCAAGAGAUUGUGAGGUGCAUGGGAUCACCCUCAGUUGUCGAGUUUAUCUGUUUGUUGCCUACCAAGGGCGACGGGAUUGCUAAAAUCGAGGUGGAAUCUCUGCGAAAGGCGUUCAAUAAUUCUGACGAAUAUCUGAGACCGAUUGCAUGGGUUCGUCGCGGACUUGCGACCCCGCCUAAAGCCAUAUCUUUGCCAUCUGGAUACGAGCUUGACUGGUUUGCAAAGACGUUAGGAAAGGUCGAUGAAGCACCUUCGAACGACGAAACGAAAUCCAGUGAGAAUUUCGUCACUAGAUCGGGUCGACAACUCAAGAAACCUGCUGGAAAACUUGGGGGAAAGCUUGGUGUGGCCACGCCCAGUACGAAUCCUGCCCCGGAAGGUUCUGGAAAGGAAUUUGCCAGUGCAUGGAGAAUCGCAAGCAGUGGAGACGCGCACUUCGGCCGUGAGAAACGGAGCGGCAACCGGGGCGAGAACCAAGGCGACGAGCUGGGUAGGGAGUUGCGCCGGAACAACGAUGAAGCUGCUGUGCCCAUCGCAGAUGCUCAGACAGUGCUGAAAAUUCGAAAGGAUCUUGGUUACUUGGCCAAAUGGCGAGGACCUGCAUCUACCGAGGCUGUUUCUCUUGCUAGGGCAAUCGAGAUCGCGAUGGAUGCCUUGAUUGGCCCUUCUCCGAUGGCUUCUGAGUUUUCCGACACUUUUUAUUGGUCUCUUGACGCUGUUUAUGAUGGCACAGACAACGACCCGAUCAAUUUCGAAAUUUGGCGACAAGCUGAUGGGAAAUGGAAGUCAUUCGCGAAUGAAUACGACGCAGCACUUUCGUUGUGGCUCUCCACAGCCCACGAUGAGAAGAAAAGAGCUGCCAGGCUUUCCGAAAAAGCGAGGGAAAAGCCGGCUAAUCCUUCAGAGUACGAGAAGACACCAUCAGUCAAGCUUUCUGAAAAUGAUGAGGAAGCAGCAGCCAGAUUGAAUAAGUCAGUCCCGCUGGUUGAAGCCGAGAAACGAACAGAACUUGCAAUCAACAGGGAAGAUGAUAUGCGAUUGCGCAAGGAGGAGUCGAAAGGGGAGCAAGGCCUGCGGCUUUUGGGUUUGCAUACUACAGCCCUCCGUCGAGAUCUCCAGUGGUGGGUGCCGGAAGAUUUGAUUCAGAUCGUCGACGUCCGACAGAACAAUUCUGGCACCCUAGUAGUGGAAAGUGAGAGAGUUUUUGGCUAUAAUCAGCAAAUAUGGGCUAAGCAGCAGAAGGGGAGCCAUGGAGAAAACGACCCCGAACCCUUCACUCGUUUCACCCGCACAGAUUUACCCAACGAAUCCACAGAUAAUGAUGAAGAGUCCAAAGAGGAUAAAAGCGAGUCAGGGAGGAACUAUCUUGCGGCAGAGUCGUACGCCUCCUUGCCUUUGUUAUUCGCCCAGCACAUGUUUUCGGCAUUCAUGCAUGCCGUGGCAAGCACGAACGAACGAGGCGAACUCUUCCAGACGGUCGCCAAAGUGCAACCUAACGCCAAUGGAUCUAGCACUUGGAAUUCCUUCACCCUGCGCAACGAAUCCUUGUCUAAAAUGAUUCGGGAAAUCGAGAAGAAAGUUGAGAAGGCACUGAGAAAGUCUGCUGAUCCCCAAAUUCUGUCGAAGCUCAUGAUGUUGUACACGGAUCAGGACCGUGCAUGGAAAUGCAAUGUGGUCAGCGAGGAGAACAUCCAGCUCGGCCGAGGGUGGGAGAACAAAUUUCCGAAAGCGUUCAACUUUACGAUCAUGCAUGGGGUAAUGAAAGGAUACAUCCCUUCCAACCCUGAAACUGUGUUUUUGACCACACGGAGUGUUACUGCGAAAGACAUCCUCCACUGGACGCCGCUUCAUUAUGCGGUCAGAUCUGGCAAACGAAGGGCGGACCGCCUGCUACUUUAUGGAGCCAAUGUUGAUUCCGGCGAUCUCAUGGGUUGGACGCCGUUACAUUACUUUUGUCAAUUAAGCAAGCAUGGCAAGAUGAAGAACAGCGAAAAAGAGAAGAUUGAAUGUUUUCAUGAUCUCAUCCAAGGAGGCGCCAAUGUCAAUGCGCAAGGUAGAGAUGGCACUACACCACUCCACUGGGUUGAUCAGGAAGCUAGAGACCGCUACAGGCUCAGCCCCUUACAAUGCGCGAUCAGAAAUGGUCAUGAGGGUACAGCAAUCCUCCUUAUCAAGAAUGGUGCAAAAACGCAUGUCGAAGACCCAUUACACACACCACCACUGCAAGAGGCAGUUGACGAAGGAUUUGGGAAACUCGUAGCGCUGCUCAUUCACAAAGGCGCAGGAAUAGACGCCGAAGAUGAAGAUGCUUGGACUCUACUACACCGAGCAGCUUUUAGGGGGCAUACAAGAAUUGUCAAAUUCCUACUUCGGAAGGGUGCAAAAAGGGACUCCAAAGCUAUUGAGGAAGGACACGAGAAAGUUGCAAAACUCCUUCUCGAGAAAGGGGUAGAUGUUGACGCGAAAGAUAAGGCGGGAAUAACGGCUCUACACAGAGCUAUUGACAGAGGACAAGGGAAUGUUGUAAAACUCCUUCUCAAGAAAGGGGUUGAUAUUGAGGCGAAAGAUGAGUGGGGAGAUACGCCUCUACACAGUGCUUUUAAGAGAGGAAAAGAGGAAGUUGUAAAACUCCUUCUUAAGAAAGGGGUUAAUAUUGAGGCGAAAGAUAACAAGGGAGAAACGCCUCUACACAAAGCUGUUAAGAGAGGAGAAGAGGAAGUUGUAAAACUCCUUCUCAAGAAAGGGGUUGAUAUCGAGGCAAAAGAUGAGGCGGGAACAACGCCUCUACACAGAGCUAUUGAGAAAGAAAAAGAGGAAGUUGUAAAACUCCUGCUCAAGAAUGGGGCUGAUAUUGAGGCUGAAGGUAGGCUCCCGAGAUACAUUUCAGAUGAGCCGUACCAACUUUCGCCGCUACACUGGGCCGCUGGGAUUGGGCAUGCGAAUAUUUCGAGGAUGCUCGUGGCCAAGAUGGCCAGAACAGACGCUGUGGAUAAUGGCAAACCGAGCCCGCUUAGUCUUGCGAUCGAAUUUGGAUAUCUGGAAGUCGCAAAGGUUUUCAUCGAUAGCGGGUCGAAUGUGAACGAAAAGUUGCUGGAUGGUAUAACACUACUGCACAAGGCUGUUGCAAACGGCGGUGUAGACCUUGUCAAACAUCUCAUCGACAGUGGAGUGGACCGGGAGAUGGAGAAUGAUGAGGGCAGAACUGCACGGCAGAUGGCCCUUGAGAUACGAAAGGAAAUAACAGAAUGGGGACCAAAGGAAGUAUUCAGGCGGGGACUCCGGUGGACGACACUCACUGUCCAGGAAUUCGACGAUAUCAUAUCACUUUUAGAGUAG